AUUACGGCAAUAAAGAAGAAAGUGUUUAUAUAAGUGGUCUUUCUUUCCUUUCUUUUUAGUUUUUUCCUCUGAUAUCUUUCCAUCUUUGUUUAUUAAGCAAAACUAUUAUUAGAAACAGCAACACAACAAACAACAAACCAUCAGGCCGUGACAAGAAGAUUGAACCACCAUCAAUCAUCACUACUUUCUCAUCAAAUCGUGUCACAUGCGGUCUCUCAAUAAAACCUAAAAAAAACCCCAUUAGCCUAACAAAAGUCCCAGAUGAGUCUUUGUUUCUAAGACUGUAUUUUGUCAAGGUAAUUAUGGCAUUAGGCCAUGCUUGAGCUUUUCUUUUUUGCCUCUUUUUUUUUUUUCUUGAUAUCAUCAAAAGAAUUGGAAUUGGAAGGACCCUUUUUAUUUGUAGGAUUCUCUGUUUUUUGUUGCUUCCUGAGGAGGGAUUAGGCCGGAGUAAGAAAAAAAUAUGGGUUCGGCUGAUUCUUUUGAUGAACCGGAGUGUGACUAUCUGUUCAAGGCUGUUCUUAUUGGGGACUCUGCAGUUGGGAAAUCCAAUCUGUUAUCAAGAUUUGCUAAAGAUGAGUUUCAUCUGGAUUCCAAACCAACCAUUGGGGUUGAAUUUGCUUACAGGAAUAUCAAAGUUGGUGAUAAGAUGAUCAAGGCUCAAAUUUGGGACACUGCUGGACAAGAAAGAUUUAGAGCCAUUACGAGUUCAUAUUAUAGAGGGGCACUAGGAGCUUUGUUGGUGUACGACAUAACUAGGAAAGAAAGCUUCGAAAACCUGAAAAAAUGGCUCCGGGAGCUCAGACAAUUCGGCAGCUCCGACAUGGUGAUCGUUCUGGUCGGAAACAAAUCGGAUUUGGUGAAUUCGAGGGUGGUGAAUUUGGAAGAUGGGCAGAGCUUGGCACAGCUUGAAGGGUUACUGUUCUUGGAAACAUCUGCUAAAGAAAAUGUGAACGUUGAAGAAGCAUUUGUCCAAAUGAUCGCCAGAAUCCAUGAGAUUACGAGUCAGAAGAGCUUGGAAGCUAAGCUGAAUGGUAACAAUAAUAAUAAUAAUAAUGAUCCGUCAUCACCUGGGGCAGCUGUUAAUCCAGUACUGCUUCAAGGGAAGACAAAAGAAAUCAUUUUCCUUGAUGAGGUUUCUGCUACAAAACAAACUACUCUUUGUUGUUCUUAUUAAUUUGAUGAUAUGUUGAGUUCUACAGUAUAUGAUGAUAUAUUUUGAUUGAUUUCACCACCAGUACGUACAAAGUGAUGGACCAUAACAUUGUUUUGUCUCUUUCAUGCCUUCUUCUUUUUUGAGUGUAAGGGCAUUGUAGAGUUAUGAUCUCUGAUACUCCCCCCGUCCCAUAAUUAUUGUCCAGUUUGAGA